AUGUCGACUUAGCAAAAAUCAUAAUCGGCUAAAUAGAUUUAAGUGAAAUCGAAGGCGCAAAAUAAGCAAUCCUUGAACUCUAAGAAACUAAAAUAAUAAAAAAUUUAAAACCAAAAGGAAGAGUCCUUAAGGGAAAUUCUGGGCUUCUUUACAAAUUAAGUCGAUGCUAAGAAAUUUCUAAAGAAGAAAACUGCCAAAGAUUUGGUUGAUAAGGAUAUCAAUGAUAAGGAAUACAAGGAAGAGAAAAUUUAAGAUGAAUUUCUGAAUCCAAAUGAAUUUGCAGAAGUUAAAGGAACAUACGAUGAUUACAAUAUUGGAGAUUUGGCUGUAAUCUUUUAAAAUCCAGACUCCGAUAAUUGCGAGAAUAGACCAGUUUCCUUCAAAGAUGCAGUCAAAAUAUACGACGAAAUGUUAACUGUGAUGACUGAUGAAGUUUCAAAAUCGUAGAUGAAAAAAGAAAGAUGUUCAUUUCUCUUGGCAUUUCUAACCUUAGAUGAUUAUGAAGAUAAGAAGGAUGAGGGAAACCAGAAAAAGAAGAAAAAGAAAAAUUUAAAGAAAGAAGAUAAAUAAAAAACAAUCAAGUCUUUAUAGACUGCCACACAAUUCGGAGAGGAAAAGGAAUAGUUACAAAAAAAACAAGAAAAAACAUCCUAUGAUAGAUAUCUUGAUUUCUUAAGAAUGUAUAAAAAAUAAGAACAAGACCAAAAAUUAUAAGAAGAUGAACAGAAAAAAGGAGGGGAAGUUAUUCAACAAAAGAAAUAAGCCUAUUUAGAUGAAAUUGGUAUCGAACCUGAUAAAAUGGAAGUUAAUCCUAACAUGGUUCUAGAUCCAAUAAAAGAAUUGCAAAAAGUGGAUAUAAGCGAUACUUCUCAAUUCAAAAAAGUCAAAAAAAAAUGGUGUUAAGGUUAAUAUUUAAAGAAGACUAAAAUUGAUGAAUUUCAAGAAAAGUAUGAAUGGACAUGCCAAAAUACUCCCCCAAAGGAUUUUCUAACAUUGAUCAGAUUUACAAUUAUGGCCAAAUUGUGUAGAAAUGGGUUUCUUCAUUGUAGAUAGUUUAUUAAUGGUACAGGAGAGUUGAUUUUCCUUAUCUUAAAAAGCAGUAAGGAGGUGGUGAAAAGAUCAGCUCAAAAUAUGAAAGUCACAAAACAGAUUGAAUUGGGAUUUGCUGAUUUGUUUAGUUUGGAACCAGUUGAUGAAAGUUUCAGACCUUUAAGAUUGAAGAAUUACAUUAGACAAUAUGCAAACAAUGAAGAAAUUAAGAAAAAGCUUUAAGAAAUUCUUGAUUCAAGGAAGGAGGCUCAAGGUAAAGAGGAUGAGUUUAAAAAGAAAUAGGAUUAGUAGGAUAAGAAAGACAAUAAGGAUUUAAAUACUGAUCCCAAUUAAGCUUUAGUUGAUUAAUUGUAACAUUUUAAAAAGAUGCAAGAUUUCAAAGAGAAAAAAUAUGUGGAUUAAGAGGAAAUCAAGAUAGAAGAGAAUAUUUAGUAGUAGAAUAAUUAAACUAUUGGAAAUUAUUGUGAUUCUCUCUAUCCUAUUAUUUGUUAAUGGGAUGAUAUUUUACUCCAGGUGUACACCAUCUUAAAGUAGUAAGAAGUUGAUAAAAUUAUGAAAAUCAUAGCCAAAGAACUUAAUAUUGAUUAGAGUCACGAGAAGGUUGAAUUGAUUAAUGAUAAAGAUAUCACUAGGAAGGAAUGGGAGAUCUAUUACAUAUAUAUGGAAAUCUUAUUGCAUUUCGGAUAGAAGAUACAAAAUUUAAAGAAAAAAGGGAAUUCUCAGAUCUAAGAAAAUUAAGCUUUCUUGUAUAAAUUGAUAUUUAGAAAGGCAUUGGGAGAUGCAAAUGAAUUAUGGUAUAAAAAUCAUCCAAGUGUAAUGAGUGAAAUAACAUAGAAUAAGUCAAUCUUAUUGAAUUUAUGGGGUAGACUAAAUGUGGAUCCAGUUGCGCCUUAUACCGAAUUCUUUUAACCUAAUAAUGAGGUAGGAAACUCAAUGUGGAGAAAGUAUGAAGUCAAUGAGAAAGGUUUAAGAUCAGAAUUUAUUAAUAUGGAGAAGAUUAAGAUUACUCAUGCCAUUGUAUUGAAAAACAUCAAUAUUUUAAAAAUGAUCAAGGAACUUAUUGUGACUGCCUACUUCCCAAUUCACGACCAUUAUCAAUUGCAAGCCAUUCCCAAGAGUCCAUUCUUUGAGAAACUAAUUGAAGGUGAGUUUAUGCAACCAAAGGAAGAUACUGAACACGAAUAUGAAUUAAAAAAUCUCUUUAAUGAAUUAAAGGAUGAAGCAGAACCAACUGACUUUGAUUCAGAUAGUUUAGAAGAAUCAAGUGCGUUUAAUUUUAGGAUCCCUUGGCAUGUAUCAAUCAAUUCUAUGAGAGAUUAUUUUGGUGAAAAAAUUGCUCUGUAUUUCUCUUUUUUGAGUUAUUUCACUAAACAACUAUGGUAUAUGGCUAUUAUUGGUAUUAUUGCCUAAGGAUUGAUCUCUGCUUCCACAGAAGAAGCGAAAUCCACAAUGAUUAUCUUAUUUUCAUUAGCUAUCAUUAUUUGGAGUACAUUCUUCAUUGAGUUUUGGAAAAGAGAACAAAUCCUAUUUAGUGUUUAGUUUGGAUAACAAAAUUUUGAAGAGGAUGAGGCUGAAAGACCAGCCUUUCAAGGUAAAUACAUAAGAUCUAUUACAAACGAUGAUUUGAAUGAAGAAUUUUAUUCUCCUUUUUUGAGAAAGAUGAAACAAUUGUUUUCAUUGGCUGUUAGUUUUCUUAUCAUAGGAUGUGUCAUAGGUAGUGUGUUGGGAAUAUUUUUCUUUAAGAAUUUAAUGUUGUAAUAGAAAGCCGAUCCCUUUUAUGCUUAGAAUGUUCCAGCUCUUUUAAAUUUUAUUUAAAUUAACUUUUUUAACUUUGUCUAUUAAAAAUUAAGUGACAUUUUCAAUAUGUAUGAAAACCAUAAGAUUUUAUCAUCCUAUGAAAAUUCUCUUAUUGCUAAAAUAUUCAUAUUUAUGUUUGUCAACAAUUUCAAUUCUUUCUUUAUUAUUUCAUUUUUGUCUGGGUAUUUUUCAUAAUUACAAUUGUGUAAAGUGAGUGAGGAAGUGUAGAAUGACUGUUUUUAAGUGUUAUCAAAUCAGAUGACUGUUAUUUUUCUAUCAAACAUCGGUAAAAACAUUCCAGAAUUGGCAACUCCCUAUAUUAAGGCAUUUAUUACCAAACAAAUGAAAUCCAAAACUACCAAAGAAGUUGAACACGCAUUUAAGUUGAUUGAUUCAGCCAUUGAUGAUCAAAUGGAAUUAGAGCCAUAUCAAACAAAUGAAGAAGUAGAUGGAACAGUCAAUGAUUAUAUGGAACUUGUUAUUUAGUUUUCAUAUCUUGCUUUGUUUGGACUUGCCUUCCCAUCAUGCUACAUAUUAGCAUUUGUUUCGAACAUUAUAGAAAUACAAGUUGAUAAAUUCAAGUUGAUCAGAGUUUCAAGAAGACCCUUCCCUUAGGGAGCUGCAACAAUAGGAAAUUGGCUGAUCAUUUUAGAAGUAAUCACAUUUUUUGGGAUAUUCUCAAACUCUGGAUUAAUCGUCUAUACCUCUUAAACAAUUCAAACUAAUCAAAUUGUCAUAUUUUCAGUUUUACUCGUAGUUUUUUUGGCAUUGAAAUAUUUUAUCCGAUUUUUGGUGCCAGAUGAACCAGAAUCAGCAACAAUUCUAAAUAAAAGGCAUUAAUACGUUGUUGAUAAAGUAGUUAAAGGUUUUGCUCAAACUGGACAAAAGUCAUACACCCCUGCUAAAAUUAACUUAAAAAUUGGAGGUGUCAUCUAUUCACAAUAGGUUUCAUAAAUAUUCAAUCAAGAUGAGAGUAGCAAUAGAAAUGAAGAAAUUGCUGAAUGA